UCCCGCUCGCCCGCCGCGCCGCGCCGGCCGCCGCCGAUGCGCUGCCUCGCCGCCGCGCCAUGACCUUUAGCUCGGAGAUGUCCGAGGCAUCGACGCUGGCUGAAGAGACCGACAUCGAUGUGGUGGGCGAGGAAGACGACGAGGAGGACGACGAGGAGCCACGGACCCGCCGCCGCCGCUCCUACGCCGAGGACGAGGAGGAGGACGAGGACGACGACGAGGAGGACGACGACGAGGAUGUGGGCGACCUCCACGCCGCCGCCCUGCUGCCGCGGUCGCCCGUGCACGGCGGAGGCGUAGGUGGCGGCGGCGGCGGGGCGGGCGGCGGGGACGCUGCCGGUGGCUCUCGGCCCCCCUCGCGAGGUGGCCCGCAGAAGGCGACGGCGGGCGGUGGCGGGGCAGGCGGCGGUGGCGGCGGCGGGGCGGGCAGCGGCGGCGGCAAGAACAGCCUGGUGAAGCCGCCCUACUCCUACAUCGCUCUCAUUACCAUGGCCAUCCUGCAGAGCCCCAAGAAGAGGCUGACGCUGAGUGAGAUCUGCGAGUUCAUCAGCGGGCGCUUUCCCUACUACCGGGAGAAGUUCCCUGCGUGGCAGAAUAGUAUCCGCCACAACCUCUCCCUCAACGACUGCUUCGUCAAGAUCCCCCGGGAGCCCGGCAAUCCUGGAAAGGGCAACUACUGGACGCUUGACCCCGAAUCCGCCGACAUGUUCGACAACGGGAGCUUCCUGCGCCGCCGAAAGCGCUUCAAGCGGCAGCAGCUCCCGGCGCCGGAGCUUCUGCUGCGCGCCGUGGACCCCGCCGCCUUCCUCCCGCAGCCUCCGCCGCAGCCCCCGCAGCAGCCGCCCUGCGCCUACGGACCCUACGGCUGCGGCUACGGCCUCCAGCUCCAGCCUUACCACCCCCACUCCGCCCUCUUCGCCUUCCACCACCCCUCUCCGCCGCCCCGCCAGCCCCCUGCCGCCCCCGGCAGCGCCCCCGGUGCGGCGCUGCCCCCCGCCGCCGCCGCGCCGCCGGGCCCCUUGCUGCCGGCGGCGGAGCUGGCACGGACGCCCUUCGGCUACGCGCACCCGCUGGGCCCGGCGCUGGCGGCCUCGCUGCACUCCGCCAAGCCCGGCAGCGGCGCGGCGCUGGCCCGCUCGCCCUUCUCCAUCGAGAGCAUCAUCGGGGGAAGCCCCGGCCCCGGCGCGGGCAGCAGCUGUGCCUCGCAGUCGACCGCGGGGCCGGGGCUGGCCCGCUCGCUGGGGAGCGCCGGGAGCGGCCUGCCCCCCGCCGCCGCCCUGCCCGCCACCCCCGGCUUCGCGGCACGGAUCUCUAACUGUUAAGUGUUUGGGAGUCUUUCCGAAGGUAGGAUCUGGGGUAUCUCCUUUCUCCGCCGCUCGGACGCCCGGCGGACGCUGCCCGCAGGGGCUGCCUGUCUUUGCGUGGGGAUAAUUGUGACGGGGCUCGGGGGCCGUCCGCCGCGAGUGACGGACCUCCCGUGACCUUCACUAGUGCAAAGCCAGGUGUAGAUCUAGAUACUGCACGGGCAGGCGAUCACUACAUCGGAAAGUUACUCACUACUCCUUAAAAAAAAACAAACAUGGUGAAUAAUGUCUCUAAACCGCUAAAGUUCAGAGAUUCUCAGGUCUAGGAGCUUGAAAACAGUAAUGUACAGGAUAAAAAAAAAAAAGGCUUGAGGGAGGACAGCAGAGCAAUACUUUUUCAUUUAGUACACUUGUCUCAUGUACUUUUAUAAAAGAAAAGAUUAACGUGUUUACACAGAAGAAAUUCAAGAUUAUCAUUUCUUAUUUUAACCUGUGUUUUGUAUUAUAAUAGACUUACGGAGUUUUUUAUUUUGUACUUUAUGCGUAUUCUUUACAAGGAAUAUUGUUAAAAUUACUGGCAAGUAUUAUUGUACCAUUUUAAUGUAAAAUUUUUACACAUUUCAAAAAUAAAAUUUAUAAUUUUCAAAAAAAAAAAAAAUCAAAACCAAACCCAAAGACCAAAGGAGCCCAGCCAAACAAUUGGCUUUGGGUCCUUCCCUCCUUAGCAUUUCUCCUUUCUUUGGGACACUGAUAUUUUUUUUCUUUGGGAUUUAUAGCACAAUAGUCAAGGAAUAUUCUAGCUUGACAUUUAUUAUGUGCAAAUUUGACUGCAAAGAAGAAAAUAAAAAUACGAUCUUUACAGUCAAUGCAUUGUUAACCCUAACAGAUAAAGAAUAACAAAAAACCCAAAAAAACCCUAAACAAUCAAAAAACCCAAACAAAAACAAAACAAAAAACCCCCCACAACACCAACAAAAAAACCCCAACGAAACACAAAAACACUCUACAAAAACAGCAGGAACGAAAGAGGGGAUAAAUAGAAAUAGGUCUCUCUGGAGGGAGUAAAGCCCAGUUCUGUAAGGCACCAAUCAGGGGAUUGAUUUAAAAACCGGUUUAAAACUAUUUUUAUACUUUUGGGUGUGUUUUAAAUCAGAACUGCAUCAUAGUUUUGUUUCCAAGAGGCCCAAAGAAAAAUACUACUAAUAAAGGGCAUACACUGAACUUAAGAGAGAUUUGUUCUAGACACUUAUGUUUCUGUGAUGAUAAUAGUGGCAUGUGUUUCUACUUUUCAAUACAUAAAAUAUAAAAUGCGCUUUGUAAUAUCCUCGUGUGACGAGUUAAGUUUAUAAGCUGUCGAAGUAAGGAUAUUUAAACGUACAAAACAAGCCAUGAAAGCAGCUUUUCUCGUUCCAAACACUCGUUUUUAACAGCAUAAGGUCCAUAGAUAUCUAUUUUAUAGACUAAAAAAUAUUUUAACCAAAAAUCUGGCCUCAGAUAUUCAGACCUUAUAUAUGGAAAGGAGAAUUGCAUGUUUUAAGAGUAGGCAUGUGAAUGUUGUGGGCUAGGAAUACGCGUUUUUCAAACCAGGGAGGCGCUUUUCAACUACGACUGUAUUUAUAACAAUUUAGGAGACUCGGGGAUCAAAUAUGUGAAUUUUCAUAAUAAAAAACUAAUAAUAAAAAGGGAGGGAUGCCUUUUAGUGCUCUUUGGAGUGAGAAGGGAUUUUACAUGUAGAAGUAUUUCGUUGCCUGGGUUUUAAAUAUUCUUGUAGGUGGAAAAGUGGUGCUUCUCCGUUUUGUUUGUAGCAAUGCUGUGUUAAAAUAAUGGGUUUCAAAAAACAGAAAGACUGGACAUAAGAUCUCUGUUGGGCUCCAUUUGCACUCUGGAGCUGGAAGGCCUCUUUGGGUGUUCCGGGUUUUUAGUAGAAAAAGAAGUAAAGUCCAUUCUAAUUUCUAAAACAAAAGGGAAAACCCCGAGGCACUGUGUACGUAUUCUCCGGAGAGAGUGAAUCUUUUUCACGAGAGACCGAUUAAUUCACUUUCCCCCGGACUGGCCAGAGGAUGCGCUGGGCCGACACGGGCCGGUGCAGCGCAGAGUACCGAGUUAAGCUGAGGCCCCCUCGAAGAGGCAGAUAAAAUCAAGCAGGGAAUUUUUUUGCGGGAGGGAAGGCAGCUGUGGCCUUGCGGCUGUGCGAGGUUCCCCGAGGAGGGAUGCUGCUGGCCCUCAGUUUGGGUUCUGCCUGCUCGAGUCCUAGAGAUCUCCACGACCAGUUACAUUAGAAGGAUAUAUUCCGGCGACCCACCCUGUGUUUGUUUCUCUUGGAAUCUCCGCAGUAGAUCCCGGGGAGCCCGGCGACAUCCCCCACGCAGAGUCUAGCCUGGCCCAUGCCGGUGGUCAGUGAGGUCUGGGUGUGCCCACUGCCCGUCCCUCAGGUCUCUUCAGAGGUAUAUAGCAAGCAAACUGCUUGGCCAUUGUUCCUUCCACGUUUUUCGCCGGUUGCCUCCAUCCCCUGCGGAUAAGACCUUCUCUUGGGAGUUUCUAGGGAAGGUUACAGGAGCAAAUUGCAGUAGGUGGUAUAGAUUUUUUUUUUCCCUGUAAGUAAAAAGUAGUAGAGUAAGAGGUCUAGGGUCCUGGUGAAGCUCCUUUCUGCCUGUUCUCCUCGAGUCCGCGGGGAAGCCGCCUAGCCUCGGUCCCGGUCCCCAGGGUCCCUGUUUCCCCGCUGCUGCCCCAGAGCAGGUGCUGCCAGAAGAGGAGCCAGCCCCACAACCCUUUGAUGAGCUCGCAGCACCGCCGGGCCGCAGCGCCUCAUUCGCAUGCUAAUGGCCCGCCGUGCUCUCCGCGGCUUCCAAGACUAACAGAGAAGCCAACAGUAUAGUCCUCACAAGGACCGAGCCCGGACGAACAUUUCUUCCAAAAUAGUCUGGGCCCUAAUAAACAAUCUGGUAAGACAUGCAGUAUAGUGUCGCCUCCUUCUCCCAGAGACAAAGUGUGGAUUCAUUAACCAGUCUACUUGCUCAUCGUAUCCCCGUAGGGCUGAGAGACGAAUUACUGGAUCUGAACUGGGAGGGGAUUGCUCUAUGAGGGGGCUAAUGUUUCAAUCAGUUCAUCCUGAAGGACCACACAAAAAGAAACGUUUUCGUUUAUGGUGCUAUUAUGCGGAGUUUUAAUCUAGGGAUAGAUUUAGCCAAAUGUUAUCUAUUGGGAAUUUAAUGAAGCCCUUAUGUAUUCAAUCGUUUCUUAUGCCACACACAGUGUCUCUAUCCAGAAACGUUUCCUUCCACAUAGUUCUUUGUUUCUGAUGGAUGAUUUAUAUACUUUUAAUUAGGUUUUUAAAAAAUUAUUUCUUUUCAAGUAUCUUGUAUAACGUCUCUCUUAAGCAGGACUGUGUUAGGUCCCUUCCCACAUCCCCUAUAAAAGAGGUUUCCCCUUCCCUCCCUGUUUUCGAAUAUGAUUCGUUUGCACAUCCAUACCCUGUGCCCUUCCCGCUGGAGCGCUCCUGCUGCCUUGUGCAGAGGAGCCGGACAUCAUGCCCGCUCUGUCGACACUGUCGUGGGCUGCGACGGGCUGCGCAGCCCAGGGGUCCGGCCGAGCUCCGUGGCUCCCGUGCACAGCUCCUCGGCCCUGAAGCUGCUCUCAACCCAAACUAUCCCCACCCGCACCUCCUUUGGACCAUACCUUCGAUCUGGUUUGUAUUUUAGGUGCAGUGAGCAGCACUCCUGGGGUCAUCCGGGGUGCACAGGCUGGUUUCAAAUACCCAGGACCGACCCCAUCGCCAAGUCCGGAAGAAGAAAGAGGGGAGCGAGGCCCUCACCUGCUCUCAGCUUCUCCUUUUCUUGCAGCGCUAGAGGCGAGGGCAGAGAGCACGGUCGCCCCCGUAGAAACAGAGGCCUGUUCGGGGGAUCUGUGGGAAAGUGGAUCUGGUUUAACUGUCCCUUGGCACGGCCCGGAGACUCCAUUCCGUAUGUAAUACUUCCCCUCAGUACUUACAGUAAGUGCUGCUGUAGUCUCUGAUAAUAUUGUAUGUGACAGAAAUAAUUGAAAUUAUGAUCUUGGCUAAGCCCUCUCUGCUCUGGAACUUGCUAACCAAUGCAGAUCCGUUUUUCAGCUUGUUCACAGUGGCUCCCCCACCUGCAGUGGUAUUAUCCCUGCUUCCCUCGGCGACGGCCAGCCACACACGCCAUCGGAACCCGAGCACCGGCGGGGACCUGCUGCCCUGUGCCUGCAGCUGGGCGUAUCCUGAUCAGGUAGGUGUCCGCCUCCACCGUUUGUCACCUCCAAGUCGCAGUAACCUGCUGCAGGUGACUGCAAGGCCUCGCCACCCUUCUCCAAAAGUCUUUUCUCCUUUACAACCCUCACCGUGAGAGUCACGUCUACCAGUGGCCGUUGGGUCUCUGUUCAUUGCCCCCUCCUGCGCUGCAAAGCACGACCAAGAUGCGGAGGAGGCAUUUACGCAGAAGUGUGCGUACGUGUGCGAAGGAGGAUGGCGCCUGAGAAGGAAGAACUCUGUUCCCCGCCGCCAGUCCCCGCCUGGAGGUGUACUGCGGGAAGCCGGCCCUGGAAACACGCCGGCGCCUUCCCAGCCGCCUGGCUCGACUCGCACUCAGCUACCGGCACGACGGAAAGGAGCAAAGGCAAAGGCUGCGGGGCUGGGAAGGCGCGCACGGGGAGCGCCUCGGCCCAACUCGCGACAGCGCGUCUGCCGCAGCGCGGGGGACACCGAGGGCUGUGCACAGCCGCGCUCCGCCGCGCCCACGCGUGGGAGCAGGGAGCCAACCGGGGCCGUCCCGGCGGGAAUCGCCGCGAGAAACCCACGGAAGAUGCAUAGCGUACGGAGAUGUGUCCUUAGCGCAGCGCUCCUGCUCCACCAGCUGUCACAGUGAGAGACACAGAGGCACCCGCUGCGCUCUGCGCCAUGGGGAGACCUAUCGGCUAGGCACCCUAGUGCCCAAAUGUACAAAAACAUAUGGACUGGACUGGACGAAAGGGGCUUUUUUUCUUUUUUUCUUUUUUUUUUUUUUUUAGUGCGGUGUCUCGUCAAUUUCAGAAAUCUUCCGCUGAACUGAAUUCAGAAGGAAAUUUGUGGUUGUGGGAUUUUUAUUUUUCUAAUCAAAAUAAUUAAGCUUUCCCUUCCUCCAAACCACAGGAGACCUGUUGAAUUGAUUGUUUCCCUUUCGCUGAUGCUAUAAAAUGGCAUAGAGGAAUCUGCGGGCCCCCAUAUUUAGAUGAUAGAUUAUGCGAUUUAUGUUAGAAGAAAAAGGAUAAUUGGAUAAUUCCGUCGUUGCAUUAAUUCGUUUCUUAAGACUGGGGAAGCCCUAUCUACGGUCAGUCCGAAGGUAUUUCUGUCCCUUGAGUGCAAUAGAAAACCAUGUGAGUGCAUCGAAAUGAGUGUGAACAUUUAGGAGUGUUUGUCUCGCACCAUCUAGUGCCAUCCAGUGCCCCACAACUGCAUCGCUCCCGCUAAUGCCCAGGUUCUGCCAAGUCCUUUUAAAACCUGUAAAUGUCUAUUCGUACCACAGCGGUCGUAGGACUGUUUCUCUAGUUUCAUUGUGGAAGAGUACAUGCACACCUGUAUACACGAGAUACAUUAAAUACACACAAUCAAGAUUAA